AUCUCUUCCCUCCAACUCCAUCCACACCUAGUCUCUACACUCUCUACACUCUACUAACUCACUCUAGUCAUAGAAACAGACACAGACACAUGAUGCAUUCCUCAAUCUGCAUUCCCACACUUUCAAAACUCAACCUGAACCACAACCCUUUUCUGGGUGACUGUCUCUCAUCAAGACCAUCUUUACCACUCACUCUCAUAAGAAGAGCCUCUCUAAGUACCCGUGCUCUUCUCUCACCUACCAAACAUGCAGUGUUGAAGGACUUUCAAGAACGAAGAGCUCUCAAGAUUAUCUCAGGAUUACAAAAUUUCAAUAGAGACAAUGUUGCUUCUGUUGUUACUGCUGCCGAGAAGGGAGGAGCAACUCAUGUGGAUAUAGCUUGUGACCCAGAUUUAGUGAAGCUUGCCAUUAAUUUAACUUCUCUUCCGGUUUGUGUUUCUUCAGUGGAUCCAGCAGCAUUUCAAGCUGCUGUUGAAGCAGGAGCACUAAUGGUUGAGAUUGGAAACUAUGAUUCAUUCUAUGAGAUGGGUUUGGUUUUCUCUCCAGAGCAGAUAUUGAAUCUAGCAAAGGAGACUAAGAGCAUUCUUCCAUCUGUGACUUUAUCAGUAACUGUACCUCACACACUAGGCCUACCCGAUCAGGUCAAGCUGGCAGAGAUGCUGGAACAGGAAGGUGUUGACAUCAUUCAAACAGAAGGAGGGAAAUGUUCAAAUCCUUCAAAAUCAGGUGUUCUUGGUUUGAUUGAGAAGGCCACACCAACACUAGCUGCCGCAUAUUCCAUUUCACGGGCUGUCAAGAUUCCUGUCAUGUGUUCAUCUGGACUCAGCGCAGUUACAGCGCCAAUGGCCAUCACAGCAGGGGCUGCGGGUGUGGGUGUAGGUUCAGCAGUGAACAAGCUUAAUGAUGUGGUUGCAAUGAUCGCAGAGGUCAGAAGUAUUGCCAAUUCAUUAGAGGCAUCAGCUGGUAGACACAACACAUCUGAAGCAAGAGCUUUGAGACUGUAAUUGGAGCAUGUAGACAUAUUGGAAUCCCUUUCAUAAGAAUAAAAACUACAUACAACAUGUAGCCAUAUUCUUUUUGUUUUCCUUUUCCCAUCUUCUCUUACAUAUGAAGUGAUUUCUGACC